GACGUUUACCCAUUAUUUGUUAGCUGGACGAUCAGAUUAGCGGAGGUGGCGAGAGGAAUUGAGACGACGAGGAGGAGGGUCUGUUUUCGGAAGCGCCACCGCUACUGCUGUUAUCUACAUGCUACCACGGCAAUGAUGAUCGCUACGAGCACUACAGGCAGCAGCAGUUCUCUGAACAGCGAUGUUGUCGUCUGCUGCUACUCACGGCGGCCUACGACUACUCAAAGCGCAGCGGCAACGGCAACACGAAGAACAACAACAACACAGCUCCGAUCAUCGUCGUCGUUGUCGGAACGAUGGUAGAGUAGAGGAGCAGCAAAGCUUCAGCGAAGGCUCAGUUCAGAUUGUCCCCUCUAUCUCCUUUUUUCUGUUCCUAUACUUUGAAGCCUAUUGAUGCCGCUGCUCAAGAGCCACUGUUCUUAUAGUAGUGUUUUUAGUUAGCCUGCAGCCGUCGUUUGAGCACCACGCACCGCAGAAGUAACAACAGCGCCCGCAGGUAGAAAAACAAGGCAGAUACAGAGGGACCCGCAAAAAAGGAGGACAAACAGGCCAUUCUCAUCAUCAUCAUCAUCAUCACUAUAGAGAUCUGAGAUCUGUCUGACUGUGAUGAUAAUUUUUUGCUUCUAUCACCACCAUUAUGCCAUGACGCGUCUUCGUUUUCUUUAGGUGCGGUGCAAUCUGCAGGGCUGUGUGUGUAUUAUCGCCUAUCCCCUUUUCUAUCCAGGAUCGCGACAGAAGUCAUGCACGACUGUGUGCGUUUAGCAUGUACAUAUACUUCGAGAGUAAACAUUGCGAAAUUUCGAAAACACUUAUGCACAGACACGACAGACAGUCCGUGGCAAUGUGUGUCUGUGUCUACUUGUUAUAACUAUGUAACAGAUGCGGAGCGGUUUAUGUCUCUCAAUUACUUUCAUGGGUAUAUCUGUGAACGGGCGCUUUCAUUAUUUUUACUAAGAUCUUUAUGUAAUAUGACGGCUUGACGUUUCAUUCUGUUUGUUUGCGCUGUCUUCGCGUCAGAAGGCUGUAUAGCGUUGUCAUUGGUGGAAAUCUACUUCAAUGUUGUGUGAUGAAGUGACUUAUUCUGUACGGAAUAAUUUAAAGCCAUAAAUGGAUGAUUCGAUCGCCGAGUGGUGCAUAGUUGUUAGUUAGUUGAUGUCGAUACGAUGUUAUUACCACGUUCUCUUGCUCUACACAGUUGUGGCCAGCAUUUCCUUGACGUUUUUUUCCUACUCUCAAUCUUCGAACAGCUGCUGUUCCUGUGUGUAGCUCUGAUUUCCACGGCCGCUGCGUGGAGUCUUCUACGGCGAGCGAAAAUCGUUAUUGAUACUCGGGCUGCUACUAAUAUCGCGGUUAAUGCUAUGGAUCGUAUACGUUCGUAGCGUCCAUCCGUCGCUGCAAAAAGAAGAGGCGGCGCGAUGCUGCUGUUGGUGGCGACAGCAGCGGCGCCGGCCGCAAAAUCAGCGCUUCUCACGGCGUCUUCGUUGUUGUUGCAUCAAUACAGAAACUAGAAAUUGGGAAACACCGGCGCAGAAAGACGUUGGGGUAUAGCGUUCUAAUUGUGAUAGACAGACGCUUUAUUUGUAAACAUGCUGUCUAGAUAUUGUUACUUUAGAGUUGAACCGACGUCCAACGUAAAAGGCAAUGCGGUACAUCUCGAUCUGCCGACGUCUAUGUCGCUGUCCUUUAUCAAUCGGUUUUUGUACAUAACGGUGAUGGUUGCAUAAGUAACUGCACUCGCCGCCGCCACCUUGGUUGUCGUCGUCAAAAUCGGCAUCGAUCGAUAUUUGUCUCUGAAGUCGCUGCUAAACGGUAGAUUAAAUUUGGUUUCGCCAAGCGAAUCAGACAAAAGUUGUUGGUGGCGCCUUUUAAUCGUAACAUUAUUAUCAUCGUCAUUCUUAUAUUCAUCAUCUUUGCUGAAACUUGUUGGAUUGACAACGCGAUGCAUCCUGCGUUUCAUAAAAAUUAAGAGAAGUAGCCACCAACGAGCGAAUGAUGAGAAUGAGGGUGAUGGUGUCUUUGGUUUCGCAGGACCAGCAUUUUGAGCAGGGCGAAAACGUCGUAACUGUGGAAGUGUCGUUCGCUGGGUGAUCUACGUAAUUCCGAUCGAAUGAGCUCCUUCAGGUUGAUUUUACGUUGAAGGCGAUCAGUUGCCUUAACUAGGUUAUAAAGACGAAAUUAUCGAUGUUGGUGCCCAUAAUAACGAACUUAAUCAUGUUGGUGCCGAUAUAUCAGCUAUUUGCCCACUGGUUGUUGAAGCGACAAGAGAAAUGCGAUGCGAUCUACUCAAGUUAGUGCUAUCACCGGUGCUAUCUCGGCUAUAUCGAUAAAAGCUGAACGGGAUUUAACAACGCGAUAAAACUGCUGAUUGUGCGAUAGUUGAUUUCUGCUGUUCGACACUCUUUUAAGAUCGAUUUAAGUGAUAGAGCCUGUCGAAAUCAACACAGAAGAUCUGUAACAGCAGGCGAGAUGUUUGCAACGACAGGAAAUGUCUGUUACCUGAGAGAUACAACACUGGCAACAGAUCAGACGGUAAAACCGCGAUAGAUUGCUUACCACCUCGUUCUUGUAUUAUUCUAUUUAUGGAGUAGUUGGGAUCGGAUUGCUACUGUACAGAUCAUCUAAAAUAUGGCGCGCAUUUCUUCCAGAUGUAGCCGCUAAUCUCACCUCCUUUUCGCGGCUACUUGCACAUUCUAUGGGUAUAUUUUUAUAUUGCGUAGUAGGCAGCGUUACGAGGUUCCUGUUGUGUUUCUUUUCCUCUUUUUAUUUGUCUUCGGCCACCUUGGGAAUACACGUUUCUCGCGGGACUAUUUACGAUUGGUAAGUGGCAAGUGCUCUGAUUCGCGCAAGUGUUGAGUCAGCACGUGUCAAGACUCCACAAUGGCAUUCUAGCAUCAGUUCAAUGUAGUCGAUAAAAGCGUGCAAUAUUGUGGUGUAACGGUUUGCCUGUCAUGCAGUCGUCUAGGCUAUAUCGCUGCUACUUGAUCUUUGUGCUAUUGUGUGUCUAUAUGUGCUCUGUGAACUGUUAGAUAUUGAAAUCUUCUGCCGAAUCUACUAGCCCGAUAUUAAGUGGACUGUCAGUCAAAUCGAACCUCGUCACGCACAUACACACACACAUAUUGGAUACGAUGGCCGCAAAGAUCUCCAAAAAAAUACCUUCGCGGAACCCACUCUCAGCGUGUAAGUGAAGCCGAUGGAUUAGAGUGUAGGAGAGUGUUCUAGGCCUGAAGACAGUGUACUCCGUGUGCUCGUUGCGCAUGUGUGUGUGCUGAUUGUGGAGAUUUAUCUGCACCUUAAGAAAAAAGAAAAAGAGGGAGGGGAGCUGGGGGUGCCUCCAAGAGCCCAGCCGAUCGACCGAUCAACAGCGGCGGUAGAGGCAGCGAUCGAAGAAGCAAUCGGCGGACGACGGACUCCGUAUGUCCACCAGUCGACCUGCGUGUAGGCCUGUGGACCUGUUUGUCUGAUGGAGGGACGGACCACCUUAACUAGCGACGACUAUUUUGCUCCCAAGAACAGCUCCUCCUCCUCCUCCUUGAGAAAACGGCAAAUUCCAUUGGUACCUCUGAACGACUUUUUAGCCAUCGUGGCUAAAUCGGACAACUGUAGGUGUUGUUCAGCGAGGCUAUGAGAUGUGCCAUGCCAUAUAUUUCAAUAUCUAUAUAUCCACUACUCCAAUAAAGAUGAAUCUGCCGACAUGUGAUGGUAUGAUGACGUAACUGCUAAUGGCUACUCCGAUGUUUGUUGCCUGCGUCCUAUGGAGUUCAUGUUGCUGCUGCUGCUGUUGUGGCAUUAACUGCAUCGUCGUCUACCCUGUGGGGAGGUUAAACACAAAAAACGCCUGUUGUAUCCCUUGUGUUUAGGCGGUGUUUCUUCAUCUCCUAUGGAUAACUCUGUGAUCGUGUGUGAUUUUAUGAAAAAGAAAGUGUUGUCCGUCAUUAGGCAACAAAAUUGAACGCAAGGAUAUGCUCGUAAAUAGCUAAAAAUAUCUUGUCGGAAAGAUUCAUCGGUUUUCGUCAUCGCUACUUGCAUUUUAUGGUUUGUGUAAUAUUGUUGAAACCUUCAGCUGGACAUCCCUUCGUAUCAUCCGGUUCGCCCGACUGGCCAUUCUCAGAAAUUAGCGUGUGGCCUUUCUGAUACGUCCGCGUCGGGGCAUGCCGUAGCGUCAUCAUCGCGAUCAUCAUCGAUGUAUGCCAUUCGGCGCUUUUACUAGCGCUAGAAACGGCUGUUAGCAGUAGGGACAGCAGCCGGAGCGGAUACUAAGGUUGAUCACGGUAGAGACACGUUGAGGGAAGGAACAAGCGACACGUGUCACACAGAUUCUAUCUAGUGAGUAUUAAUCGCACACCUUCGUUCCAGAGCGAGUACUCUCUCUCCCCCUAUGUGUGUUUGAAUGUCUGACUGGUCUGAUGAUGAACCUUUGUAAAUCUACCUGCAAAUAUAAACGGUGUGGGUAUCUGUGUGCCUGUGCACCAAAAUGCUUUACGGAAUCGUUCCUAUGACUCAUUGCGACGUAAACACACAUAGUUUCACCGUACUAUUUCACAUGACAAUGCACCAGCGGCUGUAUGACAUUAAUCUAAUGAUAAUGAACAUCGAUUAACUAACUAACCAUUCAUUUUGUGUGUUUUUUUGUCUUUCUUCAUGCUACCGUUGAGUACUUCAUCUGCCAGCGCUCGUCGUAAAAGGAACGACCACUUGCCGCUCUUAGAGAACUCAGUCACGUAAAGUUACAUGAAGCACAGGAUCCCAGGACGGUGUCGUUCAGGAGACGGCCAAGAUGCGAACUAAUGGACUAUGUUCUAAAAAUCAUUCUCACAGCACAAGUAUUUAAUUGGUGUCUCACUAAAUGCAUGUGUGACACAAUUUAAUUGGGCGCUAUUGAAUUCAAGGGCACGGUCGUGCUUCUCCGACACUUUAAGUAAGUUCACAGCUCAAACUUGGGGACACGGUAAGGUAGGAAGCUCAGUAAAGCCUUUGUCCUGCUUUAGAUAUCUGCUAGGAGUGACUGUUUUUACAAAUUCAUUCACUAGUUUUAAGGAAAUUUCAGUUUGAACAAAAACAUACGAAGCAAGAUGCCUGCUGCGACUGUAGUUCGAUAAUACGACCUGUAAUACGACGUGAAAUCUAAUAUAAAGAGUUAAUGAGAAGUUGUGUCCAUAAACUCUAAAUUAUAAAUUUCGUUUGCUUCAAAAGGCCUAGAUUUUGUUAUUUCUAAAAAACAUACAGUGUUUCGGUACAGUGGAAGCUUUUUACUAAGGUUUCGUGAAAAUCGUGAAGGUACCAAAUUAUUAUCUCUUCGUGUUAUUUAAAUAAACAAGUAUUUAUUACUAGUAAACUCCGCAAAUGAUUCACCCAUCCAAAAUGUAUGUAUAAUAUGUAUACAUGAAACAUGUAUCUAAAAGUACGAACGAGCUUCUUGUCUCAAUAAUAAUUAUGCAGCAGAGUUAAAACCGCAGGAUUCAUCAAGCGUCUUCUAUAUUCCUUGAACAAAUGUUCUACUACGAUACCAACGGUGUUUUCUUGUUCUAAGUCAUUGAGUUAAAAAACGGUCCCCAAUUGGUCGAUAAGACGACAGCAGACGAUUACAUACUUCACGAUAUUAUUACCUUACGUCUACCAAUAGCAGCAGCAACAAAACGCUAAUGGCCUUCAAUCGGACUUUUCUCGGCCGUUUCUUUUCGCUCGCUACGAGACAAGCAACAUCUUUGUCGAAAAUAUUUUCAAUUUCAGAUCUUUAAAUCUUCUUGAAAUUGAUUAGCAACACUUCGAAAUACACAUGCGUGGAAAAAACAAGUAUUGCUAGUAAAGUCACUAAUUUUGAAUUCUAGCGAUACGUCGUCUUUACAGACUGUGGAACCACAAUAUUGGCCAUCGUGGCUAGUGCAAUAGCUUGUACAGGUAAGUAUUCUUCUGUAUGGGGCAACUUCAACUAUACUUCAUAGAAUAGUGACGUUCUAUGGUCUGACGUAGUUGGUUUGAAGAAAAAAGAGGGGACGAAAGUGAACGCGACGGUUUCCUGAUGACGAACGUGAUAUACAUGUUGCUGUUGGUGCUAUCGUUGUUGACGGUAAUGACAACUACGACAGUGGUGAUACUGGCGAUGAAAAUAGCUUAAGAGAUAUUUUUCUUACAGAGCAAACGUUCGAACGAAUCUUCCUUCGGUACCCCACCAGGCGAAUGCGAAAAAGAAGCCGGCCAGUGGGCUGAACCCCUCGAUCUCUGACGGAGAGCACUUCUGCUCCUGCUGUUGUCUGAUUUUUGCGUUACCGCGCUUUCUUCUCUUUCUUCAGCAGCAGGAGCAAAAGUUGCCGCCGCUCAUCGCCAUCUUCAUUCGCCUUGUUGUUGUUGUUGCUGUUGUUACUUCUCUCCUUCCCGCUGAUGUCGGUAUCGCGUUUUUCCCGCUGCCUUGAGUCGCACAGAGCCGCUAACGCCAAACCCAAAAAUCAAAUAACGAAAAAAAAAUCUAAGCCAAAACCUCUGCCUCUGUCUUAUACGAACCAGCAAAGAGUCUAGGGAGGGCUAACAUUAGAAGGAGACGCUAAAAAUGUUGUUAAGGAACAGCAACGCUUAUUUCGACCGAUAGCUAUAACGGGCAGCUCUUCCACAUUAUUACACAAGUCGAAGAACUAGAAAGACCAUGUUGCGUAGGAGUGUAUAUAGAACACUUUUUAAGUCUUUGAAUUUGCAAUACCCCUCCGUACCUCAACACAUCCAAUACUUGAUAUUAUUAUAUGGCAGACAGAAUAGACAAGCAGUGGUUAGAAUUUUUUAUUGCGCCGCAUCAGAAGAUUCUCUUUCAAAUUUCAAUGGUAUCGAUAGAUAUUGUAGACGCAGAAAUCAGCAUGCUACUAUAUGCGUCCAUCGUGCCCCGUUUCUAUCAAAAAUGUCCCUGUAUCCUAAUUGCCUUUUUCUGCUUCCACGUUUGCUUUUACCUCACGAAUGCCAUUCAUAACUGGGAAAUAGCCUUCCAGAUCUCAAUUUUAACCGCACGUUUAGGGUGUAUGACUGCAUAGUCUGCUUGUUUUCCGUAAAAGAGGUGCCUUUGUGAAUAAUUUAAUGAUUAAGUGGCCAUUUAAAAACAGGGUGCUUCCCCUUCUCGCCGUGUCUGUCAAGGAGCCUACUUGAUUUGAUGAAAUCUUAUUGACCUUAAUUUUAUGUUUAUUACUGCUAUCGAUGAUACUCAUCCAGGGUUGAGCUUAAUCAAGAUCAAAUCUGAAGUCCUUGACUCUGAUGGCGGAGGAGUGAUGUCAAAUAUUGACGUCGAAUGCGUAGUGUGUGGGGCGGUUGAGUCUCCCCAUUGGGCGGUCGAUGAAGCUGGUCACGCCGUGUGCAAGAUGUGCGCACAGCCAGGUGAUUUAGGUCUUGGAGGGGGCGCAGCAGGUGUUGUCGGUAUCAAGAAAGGCAUGGUUUGCCAUAACUGCAACACAACAACGACGACCUUAUGGCGUCGAAACAAUGAGGGCUUUCCCGUUUGUAACGCCUGUGGGCUAUACUACAAGUUGCACAAUACGAAUCGACCUUUAGCGCUUAAGAAAAAGGAUAUUCAAACGCGUAGACGUAAAAGUGGAGGGGGUCAACUUAAAACGAAGGGAACAGGUUCCGGCGGAAAUAGCAGUUCUCAGAGUGGCGGCGCCAGUGGUGGCAACGGGUGUGGAAGUCCAAAAGAGCAGUCGCAAGUGGUACCGCCAUUGCAAGCGUCGCUUUCAGCCGUCGGAUCUUCGGUCUCCACGACGUCCGGAACAACAUUAGCGUCAAGUGCUAGUGGUAUUGGGGGUAACAGCUCUUCUACUGAUUUACGGGUACCUCCUAUUCUACCGGCUGGACUUUCAUCCACUGGUCUAUCGUCAACGUUAAUAGGAUCUUCUCAGAGCGGAGUCUGGCCUCCUGCACAAGCAGCAGCUGCAAUGGUGGUCCUUGGUCAAAAUCUGACGUUACAACAAUUGACCGCUCUGCACUCAGGUCGGACGACGUCAAUAGCUGCACCCCAGACAACGUCGUCAUCAAGCACGCCCAGUCAGGUGGCCGCGGCAAGACAGCUUUUCGUUCAAGUAGCGCACGCGGGUCAGCAGUUAGCUAGCAGGGGAGGUAUACUGUCGGCUGGUCCGGGAAACCAGCAACAAAAUAGUAGCUUGAGUAGUCUGAGUUCUGUGAUCUCGGCAACUAGUAAAAACCUUAAACAGAACAAACAAAGGUCGCGAAGUCGGGUAGAAUCCCCUCAGGAUCCAUCAGAUGAACAAGACACCAUUACCAGUCGGAGCAGAAGUCAAUCACCAUCCGAUCGAUUGGUGAUUGCAGUUCCGCCAAAUGGGAGCUUAACAACGACGCAAUCAGUCGACGAUUAAAAAAUAUCCUUAUUAAAAAGAAGAAAAAAAAUGACUUAAAACGAGCAAAUAAAGUAAAGCAAGAAGCAUUGUUGCGCAACGAAGUAAUGAUGUGCGUGUGUGCCUGUGACAUGGUAAAUGCGCGAUCUGUCUGAUGCAUGUUGGAAUAUAUCUGGCACUGUUAUUAGGCUAUGAUUAUUAAAUCAUCAUACUAAUUCAUUCAGUUCAUAAACCUAUUUAUCGAUUCAGCUCAUUAUUCAAUCCGCGCCGUCCGUCCGUCCGGGUUGAGUUUAUUAAGGAUAUAUAUAUAUAUAUAUAUAUAUAUAUAUAUACUUCCAAAUGUGUUUGAUUAUUCUUUCAUUUCAGACAUGUUUGUUUGAAUAAUAAAGCAGAAGCUAACUAAUUCAUAUAAAAGCCUAAAAUGUCAAUUCUAACAUAUGCUUAGCAUAAUACAAUGGCCUGACUAGCUACGGUGCAUGCGCAGUGGCAUGUAGAGCGAGCGUUUUGACACAAUGUUAUUAGCCAUUUUAGUAAAUUAGAGGCCUCGAGAAGUUAUUAAAAAUCGAAGUAAGGUAAGUUCUCUGAAAAUGUCUGUGGGUCAGCAAAGCGUGACGCAUACUUUUUACAAACAACGCGUGAAAUUUUUGUACCGGAACACAAGUUACCAUGGCAACUAGACUUAAAUAGAAUUUUGCAAAACCGAGAAAUUAAGGUAGAGCAAUUCUACACAAAACCAAACCUCAAAUGUGUUGGAACACGCUAUUAUGGCCUAUGCCAUUCUGAGGUAUAUGGUUGCGUAAAGCUGUAAAUUCGAGUCUUUCACUUUUUCAUAUUUACCCAAAAAUCUGCUACGAGCCAAAUGGUAAACUAUUGCAGUGAAAACGUUUCGCGUCGUGCUUAUGAGGCGCAUGAAUCUCUUUUUGCUAACAACUGAAGAGUCUAUAGAGCGCUUACUUUGCGAUUUGUGAUAAUUACUAUAGCCACAGAUCUUUGGUCUUACACUGUUAAGGCUCCAGGAGGCCCACUUCUUCGAUAAUUGGCCAAGCUUUUUACUGUUCUAAAUAACUCAAUAACUAAUAUUCCUUGGUUUACAAGAUAUGUGGACGACAAUCUCUUGAAAUUUUGAAUUUCAUCGUUUAUCUUCAGUAUAAAUUUUGUCGAUUUAGUUUUACUACAAAAUUGUGGUGUGUAACGGCCGCUCGUUCGAAAUACAUAUUUCUCAUUUCAACCAGUUACAACCUGCUUUAUGAUUUAAACGAAUAUGUCUGAGGUAUAAGAAUGGUCGAAUAUAUAUAUAUAUAUAUAUAUAUAAUUUUUCAAUUGACGGAAAUAUUUUAUGAGAACGAAUAUUUAAUUGCAUUUGCUAUUCUGAUUCUCGUAAGCGAAUUUCAAUCGAAUAUAUUUACGUGACGUUGAUAAUGUUGAUGGUGCUGCUGGUGGUGUUACUUCUUUUGCAAGGAACAUAAUUGAGUAAGCACCAUAGUACAAACUGUACCUAAAUUGGAAACACAGGGCGGAAUAUACAAAUUGUCGAUAUUAACUGCCAACCAAAUGCUCUCCCAUAGGAUAAAAAGAUACUGUUCUCAAAUGUUCUGUAGAGUUCUCCAAAUCAUCAAAAGAUCAAAGGUGAUCAAAAAAACAAAGUUCGUCAAUCAGAUCCAGUAGAUAAUAAAUGAAAUUUACAUAAUACUGCAAUGAAUUGAACAAAGAAUAAUUUGAUAGUGGACAAGCUAUAAUAGUGACUACUGACAUUGUAUCUCUGCCCGAUUUGCUAACAUCAAAGAAUCAAAUUCUGUUGAGCUCCGGAAAAACCCUGAGCUACAUUGACAGCCUUCGUGAUUGUAAUCCUAUCGCAUUAUAAUACUCUGACGCUCAUUCCAACUAUUUUUACUUUCUCGGAUCGGACUACCAUUAUCAUCACCAUCACCAUUAUCGCCGCCGUCGUCGUUAUCUCUUGCUCUCUCAAUUGACUUUUAAUUCAUUGCUUGUGAAAUUCGUGAUUUUGGUACCUGUGAAGUUAUUGCUUUACCGACCAGUCCAUUCUUAGGCCAAUACAAAUCAAUUAAGUAUUUAGCCGACCGAGCAAGUCGUUUCAAUAUUAUCUGAAUAAAGUUGGUACCGUUGGUGGGCUAUUGAUUGUCAAGGGAUGUUAGUGUAAUUGUUUUAUCCAUUGGUAAUGUUUAUUGGUUGGUGUCGCGUAAACUGUUGAUAAGUAUUGAUCAUGAUUAACACACAGGCAGAUUGACGUUAAGUUCCUAGUGGUUCUCAGCUGGCAAAGCUGUCGAGCCGAAAGACUCGAAUAUGUCGAGAAGGAUAAUAUACUAAACCUACAAAAAAGUUCGAAUGUGAACAUGGGAAUCUUGUGAACCAAGGCGAAAUAAUGUACCUAUUAUACUAUAACAGAUCGAAUGAAGCAGUCCGAACGUGAGCAAGGUGUAGCGAUUAGAUGGCGCGUUAAGCAACGGAAGGGCGUUUCACAAUCAACAGGCAUCGUCUACGAAUCUGCAAAAUUACUAAUAUUGUCAAGCGUAGAAUCGUAAGGGUUAAAGAUGAUUUGAUUUGUUAGUUGUAUUCAUAUUAUUGCAAUGACUUUUUAUAAAGACGUGACUGCGUAGAUCUCUUUUUUGUUCACUAGCGAUAACAACAACAACCAGUAAUAGUCUAAUAAUAGAUAAAUAGAGGCAACUAGUACAGAGCCCGCGAAAUAUAGUUCAUAUGUAUGUAGUAUACUCUAUAAUGUAUCAUCCAUUUGUUCGCUAGGUAUAUACGUUUACCCUUAACAUUAUAUGUAUAUUGUACAUACAGAAUCAGGGUAGACAGGUCUCGCCACCUCAGAAUUUUUCUUUCGCUUCUUUUGCAGUGUCUACACACAUUUUUGUGCUGAAUUUUGCAUGUUCAGUAUCUUGAAUUGCCGCCUAAGCCUUACUUUAAUUAGAUUUGUGUUUUAUAGCAUAGGUUUUACAUAAUUAUUUUUUAUUUUGUCUCAAAUUAAACAAUAAUAACUAAACAAGCAAAUGUAUGAUGAUAUGCAUGCUGCAGACUAAAAUGCAUUCUCCAUAUAAGUCACCCAUUUUAAAAAACUUAGAGAGAGUUAAAUUGUCUAAAAUUUAUUGCACCAUACCUUUCCUUGUUUGUCGUAGCUGCUGAAUAUAAUUUCAGUCGUAGCAAUAGUAUUAUCAAGGCCGAAUUCUGUGGACAUGUCAGUGCGUCAAUUUCGUUUUUCCCCGUCUGUUAUACCAAAAGGACCUAAAUGAUUAUUACUAGAACCAAGUGAAAGCCCUUGCGUUUUUAAGCUGUUACAUGUGCGAUAUAAUUUCUGAAUAACUAGUUUUUUUAUCUUGGAAGUUCUUGAAAUUACUUGGUUAUAUUUUAUUAACUAUUAAAUUAUAUGUUUAGAUUUGUGCAAAAGCUGUGAACAUUAGCUGUGGUUUGUUCAAAUAAGGACGCUUGUGAGAUCUGUGCCUUAUUCGUCGAAAGUAUUUGGUGAUAAACUGACGAAACUGCUUUUUUGCCGUGGGUUCACUGUCAUCGUAGAAUAUUCAUCCUUACGCGUGUAUAUUAUUAACGCCAGUCAGAAUUAGCGGAGCAUUAGAAGUAGAGAGAAUGGCCCGUUAUUUUUUUAUAAUAAUGAUAAUCAUUAUUAUUAAAUCAUACAUGUAGUAGCCGCUAUUUAUGUUUAACUGCUGCUAAUAUUAUUAAUAAGAGGAAAAAAAUGAGAUGCAUAUGUCUUGACGACGACGAUAAUGAAUUAUAUACCAUCAUUGCUGAUUUGAAGAAAUGUUACAGAUCUGAUUUAAAAGUGCUCCAAUAAAUUUCAAACAUGUAUAUAAGUAUAUAAAUAUUACUAUUCAUCAUUAGUAGAAAAACUACAAUAAACACUCACAUGAAUAGAAAACCACACCAGAGAGUUGUCGAUGCAACGUGGAGCGUGUGCUCUUGUUGCCGCGGCUGCUGAAAAAGCAACAGCGGCAGCAAAAACAACAACAACAACAACAGCACCAACAGGUCUGGCACCAAUAAUGUGUGCAAAAUAUAAACAAUAUCAGUUUUCUAUAACGGCGCAUGCUCUCACCGUGCUCGUUAUCUUUCGCAUUAUUGUUAAGUUAUUGAAUUCAAGUACGAUUUUUCCCUGGUACAUAAUUUCCCGGCAAGUCCAAUCCAUAAGAUUCUAUAAGCCAAAAAAAAUAAAACACAUACGAACACACACAUAUAAAAGUACAGAUAUUAAAAAGACGUAAUUUUACCGGCUGUCCAAAGUGUACCCUAUGCGAUGUUCACGUUAUACAAUUCAUUUUUUAUUAAGGAAUUAAGUGUUUUAGUCGAUGAAAACUAUAAAACUAAAUGCAAUAGGGCUUAAUUCUGAUUUAUAAUAGAAUCAAAAUCAUAUUGCAGUUGGUUUCAAUCAGAUUCGUUGUCUCCUUGACCAACAGCUUGGAGCAUCUUAAUCGUUCCUGGAAUACAAAAGGCAAAUGGUAAUCAUUUCACCAGAGUCAAAAUUAUUGCCGUAGUUCUGCACUAUAUCCAAUACAAAGAUUAUUUUAUAGAGGAGGUGACAUUGACUAAUGGCAAGCAAGAUAUGAAUAAGUAUUCUACACCUCUCUAUAGCCAUUACUCCUAUUACAGUACAUAUCUUGUUUGUUGCCAUUCGUGUUUCCUUCCAAUCCUUGACAACAAUUGUAUUUGGUUAUGUACAAAUUUUGUGUAGGGUGACGGAUUGAUGAGGAAAACUUCCCUCUUAGCGCAUGUGAAUUAUUUACAUUAUUUUAGGUUAUAAAGUACGUUUUUGAAGUUCUAAUGAGCGAUCCGCUCUCCAUCAAAAAUACUCUGGAAUAUUAGCUUAAAUAAAAAGACAAUGUAUUUUUGUUGAUAAGAAAGAUUAAAUUAAUGUCAUUGAUGAGUCCUCGGAGAAAAACAUUUUGUGUAACAGCCCGAUGUAUUUAGCAGACAAUACGUAAGACACAAGAUCUGAGUCACAAAUACUAGAGGCAAAAACAAAUUGAAUACGGCAAUCUAUGAUCGUAAUUUUUUUAAUUUUGAAAUACGGUAACAAGUUGCAAAAAGAUGAGAACUGAAAUAUGAAAAACCAGCGGAGUGUGGUAAGAGGUAGAUAUAUAAGAUAGACAGCAAACCGUUGCUUAUCGAGGAUCGUGCGUUACACUCAAGCGGCGUUCCGCGAUAGACAACAGUGCAUCAUAUAAAGCUAAUUACUGAUUAUAUGUUGUUGUUGUUAUUGUAUUGGGUACUCAUGACUGCCUCCGCCACUGUUAACGUUGACAGCUCACUAUUCACGACGGCGAUAACAAUGAUGAUAGGACCGGGACCGAUAAAAUCGAUGAACUAUGCAUGAUUCCUAUGAUUGCAUUGUUCUGUACGUAUGAUUGAUCUUAUUCGAGAAGAAAAUAAUAUUAAACUGCUUAUAGUGAUGCCAGUAAUUAAUUCAAUGCAGUAGUUUGUAAUAUUAAGCACACAUGAAAUCAUUGAAUACACUUGUCGUUUACCUUUUAAACACCGAUAAAGCGAGGCGAAAAAUAGGCCACACAAAAAGGUAAAGGGGUAAAGGCAAGCCUUUACCUGAUCUGAAGAGUACCUUCAACGCAGCGUUCGUUCAUAUAUGAGCCUUUCAUACUAUGUAUUGUUUUUAUUACGACUUUAAUUAUUAGUAUUAGUAUCGCAUGCGGUAACUAUCGCUAUGAAGACGAAGUAAAAAAAAAAGCGGUAAUAACAAGAACGCUGUUGGACAACUAUUUUUUUGUCAGUUGUCCACAAAUUGUUAACAUGUAGCCGUGAGCAAAGAAAAGAUUUGUGUGUGUCUGUAUGGGAGGAAGUGACAUUUAGAUGACGUUGUCUUCUCCAUAAUACAUUACAAUUCAAUGUGAGCAGCCAGUGAGCAUAUUAAACGACUUCACAGUUGAACUGGCGAUGCACGAACGGAUUAUCGAAUCUCAAUUAGAGUAGAUAGAGAAGGAAGAUGUUAUUAUGUUAAGAUACAUCUAAGCCGGAAAAAGCAGGUAAAGGAGGAUGAAAAGUAAAUGAAAAUGUACAUCGAGAAUGAAAUGUCCCUGCUGUUGCUGCGUAAAGGCAGCACAAUUCCGGUCAUCGACAAUCGUCCGCCGGCUGUCAGGAUUGGAGCAUAAAA